AUUCGGUCGCGGUUCGUCGCGUAUCCAGCCUUUCUUCUCCCCGUUGCAGUCGAUUCAUCAGCCACCCGUCCAAGAUAUUCUACUCCUAAAAAGUUGAGCGCUCAUUUAAACAGUCCAUCGCGACCGCACCACCACAACACCACAACCCUUGCGCGCAAUCAAUGAUCUGCCUGCAACCCCCCGAUACCUUCUCCGGGUCCCCGUGCACUGCAGCGCCAAUUCGCAAUAUCAUUCGUUGUCUAUAACACAAUACAAUACAAUACAAGACGAGACGAGACGAGACGAGACGAGACGAGGUUAGACAGGACGGUAAGAGGAUAAGCAGGAGAGCCGACGAAUUGGAAUACAUUCUUUGAUCACGGUCUACAUUUUCCCCCCAGAUACUUUAUUCUAUGUGAAGCUUUAAAUCAACUAUGGCAACUCAACAGGAUGCAGAACCAGCUCCAACGAGCGCAGUUGGUUCUUCAUCCAAAUCAGAUCGUUCUUCUGCUUCUACCCCUAAAAAUAGAUCAGAUGCGCCAGAUAAUUCACACGCUGGCGCCCAUUGGGGCCGCGACAAAGAUGCCUUCACGCAAAUCCUAAUAGGACAAGCCAUCGCCCGAGAUCAAAUACACUCUGCUGCCAUGGUUAGCGACAAAGAUCGGCAGAACGAACAUAACAAAUAUCAAUAUAAAAUGAUCAACGACUAUAAACUUUUACGAAACGAGUACAGAGCAUGGUUCACACCCAGUAGACUUUACGGGGAAGGCUAUAGCGGUUAUGGUAAUGGAAGAACAGAGACCGGGCAACAACAGGCGCAACUGGUGUAUCCAGCUCAAAAGCCCAGGCCUGGUAAACGACAAGCGCCGCCCCUGAAAUGGAAAAGAAAGGAUAUGAAACAACAGGCCGAGCAGCAUGAAGAGUUGGUCCCUGUUCGACUGGAUGUAGACUGGGACAAGAUCAAGUUGCGCGAUACCUUCACAUGGAACCUCCACGAAAGAAUAAUCGGAGCUGACUUAUUCGCGGCGCAUUUGGUAGAAGAUAUGGGACUUAAGGCGCCUGUCGCUCAACCCGUAUUUGAGCAGGUCGUUCAGCAAAUGCACGAACAACUCAACGACUUUUACCCCUUCGUAUUCUCUGACGAAGAUGCGUUAGAUCCCGAGCUUCCCUACUCGGCUUGGAAGAAUGACGAGAUGAGAAUAUUAGUCAAGCUUAACAUCACCAUCGGGCAGCACACGUUGGUAGAUCAGUUCGAAUGGGAAAUCAAUAACCCUCUGAACUCGCCCGAGGAAUUUGCGGCGAGCAUGGCUAAGGACCUUGCACUUUCCGGAGAGUUUACCACGGCCAUUGCUCACUGUAUUCGAGAGCAGACGCAGCUAUUCACGCGGAGUUUAUACAGCAUAGGACACCCGUUCGACGGCAGACCAAUCGAGGACCCGGAUUUGGUCGCAGCCUUUCUUCCAUCACCGCUGCCCUCUGUAUUCCGGCCACAACAACAGGCCAAGGAAUACGCUCCCUACCUCUACGAGCUCAGCGAGGCGGACCUGGAACGGAAUGAGAUGGUAUUCUCCCGAGAGCAAAGAAGACAAAAGAGAUCCAUAAAUAGACGAGGAGGACCAACCUUACCGGAUCUAAAGGAGAGACAGAGGACAAUUCGCACGCUUGUUGUCUCUUCCACACUACCAGGUGCAGCAGAAAGCGUAGAAGAGAGUAGACUCUAUAAGCGAGUUGCAGGUGUGCCAGGCGCAGGCACGGGCACGGGCAGAAGAAGAGGACCAGGAGCACGUGACGGCGACAUAUCAGAUUCCGACGAAAGUGAUGAUUCGGGUCCUGAUUCUCCCGUCCCCUCGCAGCUAACCGGUACGGCGAGGACCAGAGGUAUGAGAGGCGCCGCAACUGCCGCACAACAGCGAAUGGCGAACCUUGGCCGAUCUGAAACCCCCGAAGCCACGAUACAUCAUCAUGAAACACGUACAUCAAGGAGAUUUGGACGUGAACUAACGAGGGAAGACACCGAAGAGCCCCAUCAAUUCUACGUCACUCUUAGGGUUGCGAAUAAAGAGAAACUACGGAAGAUUUUACUGCGAGAUCCUAGGUUAAAGCAAAGCACACCAGGCAGAUCACAGACACCAUCUCAAACCCAUGCCCGUGCCCCUAGUGCCUCUGUAUCGAAUAGCAUGCCUCCUCCUCCUUCUACUCCGAACGCCUCGACAUCCGUAGCUGUUGCGACAACCCCUUCCAGCAAUGUACCACCGGGGCAAAUCGGCCGAGUUGAAGCCCCUGCGCCGAUAGCCGGGGCAGCUCCCCCAGUUCCCCCUCCUCCUCCCGCAUGGCUCGUGACGGCGCUUGAGAAGUUCAAGCAAGAACCAGCGUACGCAAAUGAUAGAUUUGAAGGGGUUAUGCGGUAUAGUGCGGUCGAUUCUAACACAGGCGCGCCUGUCCCUCUGCCUCAGCAGGGCGAGCCGAUCCCCGCGCACGUGCGGUUCUAUUUUCUCCCGCGAAUCCGGUGUCUCGAUUGCCCGGGCAAGCUGUACACGCCGGGUCCAGACAUAUCAGCUUCAAAUUUUGAGGUCCAUCUUAAGAACAAAGUACAUAAAGAAAAAGUCGAGCUCCGGCUGGCGUCGGAAGGCAAGGCUGGCGGGGUCGCCUGAAAAUAAACGAUGCAUAAGCAUAUAUCAGCAGAUGAAAUGAGAGUAUAAGAGCCUGGGAACGCAAAGUAUUUAUAAGAUGGGGUGUGGAGUUUACGGAUUGGAGAAUAUCGUCCUUCCCAAGCGGCCUUUUUCUUCUUUCUAUUUUUAUUUUUAUUUUAGAUAUGCGGCUCGGCCAGUUUGUAACUGGUUACAGGGAGUUAUUAAAAUUUGCAAAUGGGAAAAGCGCGGAGUUUGUAUCAACACAACAUCAGCUCUCAGCGCAGCAUACCUACCUACAGUACCUAAUCAGCUUUCUCUCUCUCUUCCUAUCCCUCUCCCUCCCUCUCCCUUCCCUCGACGGAGACGCCCCCCAUGUUGAAACCAACUAGUUGUUUCGAUAGUUAAUUUAGCUAGAGAUAUGCAGUCGAGUUGGUCCUGUUUCGGCAAUUUAGAUAUCUGAUAGCCAGAUGAGAAUGAUGAUAAUGAUAGGUGUUUCUACGUCAGUUAAGUUACGCUUAAGCAAGUUCAUACUUUAUUAGGAGGUGCCUAAGCAUUACUUAUAUACUAUGUAUCUUGGGUUAUGAAGAAGCUUCUCGUAUAGUAUCUAUAUACAUUAUCUUAACGGUAUAGAUGCUUUGAAAAUCUCUUUAAAAAUCUCCUUAGACUAGAAC